GAUCUCAAUCCAUUAAUGUUUAUAAUGUGAAGUGUGAUGGAACUUAAAAAAACAGUAAAUAUUUAACAUUUAUACCUUUUAGUUCAUGUGCCAAUAUGUAUUUAUUUAAGUGUGCAAUAUCAGUGUUUUUAAUAUUAAUGAUGUAUACAAAAGUUGUAUCAGAAGCAGAGGGCAGCUUGAUGUCAAUGAUAGACUUUCGAUACUUCAGAUGUGUAAUGAAAAGGGACUGGCAGUGUCCAAAUAGUGAAAUCAAUUUUUAUAUGUUUACUCCGGAGAGACCAUUCCAACAAUGGGUGGACGUCCGCUACACAAGGCACCUCAAGGAGCACGGUUGGAAGAAAACCAGAAAGAAUGUACUCAUCAUCCACGGCUUCAAUGGAACCUAUUCCAAGACACCGAUGACCUUUAUACGUGAUGCGUACCUGUCUCGUAAAGAUUAUAACGUCUUCAUGGUCGACUGGUCGCCGUUAUCCCGGUUUCCAUGUUACCUCUCAUCACUCUCCAACAUGAAAUUAACAGCACAAUGCACUGCACAGCUGUACUCUCAAAUAACACAGGCUGGGGCACUCGCUAAGAUGAUCACCUGUGUCGGCCACUCCCUUGGAGCGCAUAUAUGUGGGAUGAUAUCAAAUCACCUUACUGAGAAACAGUACAAAAUCGUUGGUCUUGAUCCCGCCCGACCCUUAAUCAACGAGUAUGGUUCGAGUUUGUUCCGGUUGGGGAGAGAUGAUGCCCAUGUUGUACAAGUCUUGCAUACAAAUGCUGGAUUCUUGGGAGAGUCUGGUCAAGUGGGCCAUGCUGACUUUUGCUUUAAUGGCGGUAGAUUGCAGCCUGGUUGUAAAGGACAUUUGAUGCGUAUAUCUCGGUGUAGUCAUUUCAAGAGCUCCUGCUACUUCGCAGCGAGUGUUCGACGACGACUGCGUAUGGUUGCGGUGCCAUGUGAUACCACUUGUCCGAAAGAAAACGGUCGUUGGGGUAUCAGGUUUGAUAAACGAGCCGUGCGAUUAGGUGAAGAUACACCUGAGUCUUCCAGAGGCAUGUACUGCAUCAGCGUAGACCAAGAAGAGGAUUGUCCUUUUGAUUAAUAUGAAUAAAAUAGUAAAAUAAUUAUUAGAAAAUAUAAUAUUAUUUAUUAAAUG